UAUAAAUGAUAGUGGAACAACAUGUAAAAAAACCAUAACAACGAAGUCAACUACAACAUCAAUAGCAGCAACAACAGCAACAGCAAUGGGUGAUGGGGUCAUUGCAGAAACCAAAUAUGAUACCAACAUGUCGUCGAGAAACAUUAGCAACACAACGGGCACCGUCAAAAGAGCGCCACCUUUAAAAGCCACUGCCACCACACACUCCAGCACCUUGGUCAGCAGUUGUAGCAGCAGUACCGGUGGCAUUGGUGUGGCCGAUAUGUCCACCACCUUUAAGGGAGCCUCAACACUGUGCACACCCUCUACGCCACGCAUCGAAUUGAGUCGUGCUUCAUCAUCGUCGCACCAUGAGGAAGAUAGUCGUGAUAGCAGUCCGGAAAAUGUCUUUGAACAGGUGGGCACUGGCACCCUACAGGAAACAUUGGAUAUGGGUUUUCGUGAGGAAGGUGCAUUGGAAUUGCGUAGCUCAACGGAGGAAUUAUAUUUUAUGGAUCCGGCUCAGAAAAAGGAAGAAGAAGCUAAAAUGCAACAGCAGCAACAACAACAGACUAAACGUGCCUCACCGCACAUGUUCAAAAUGGAAGAUCAUCAGUCCUAUUUACAACAGCAUCAACGUAAAGAUUCCGCCAGUUCUGAGGUGGCCGCCUUACUUUGCAUUUCGGGACGUACCAGCCGCAUUUCCAGUGUCGGCAGUCAGGGUUCGGCCGUAAGUCGUCUGUCGGCCGUUUCCGGAGUUUCACGUUCUCCUUCGCCUCAUCGCAUGCUCUUGGAAACAUCUUUCUGUGGACCCAAACCGGUGGAAGGCAUUGGCGAUGGUUCGGUGGGUACUGUGGUGGAAGCUCCUACAACAGCGGCUCUGCUGGAACAAGUUUUGUUGGCUCGUACUCGUGAUCCUACACAAGCUAUAUUAGCCGAGGGCAUAAAGUUGGAGUCAUCGCCCAAGAAAAAACCUCCCACUUCGCUGACGAAUGGUGAUGCCAAGCUGACGGCCAAAAUAAAAGCACAAAAUCGUCCUGAUACAGGAGCCAUACAAAAGAGCACCAUGGGAGCUCAGCGUAAAUCUACCAAGAGUCCGGGCCAAAUGAUUGUGGGCAAAACACCCAGUGGCACGGAGUAUAUACGCAUUAAUCUCAAGCCUGAUUUUAUGUAUGAUGACAAAGGCAUCGCCUCGAAUGAGAAGGUGGUAGAGGCUUCCAACUCUUUGCAGCCCGUUUAUGGUGCACGUACGCAAACCAAACCUGCCUCUUUAACACUAACGCAAAAAACGAAGGGUGAGAAUUUGUUAACGCCCACCGCCAGUCCUAAGCCUACGCGUAAGGGCGAAGGCAGUCGUUCGCCUUCGCCCGCCACUGUUUCAGUGUCUCGAAAAUCUUCAUUCAGUUCUUUGUUUCGUUUUGGCGGCGGCAAAGAUUCACCCGACUCGCCUCGAGAUAGAUCCAGGCCACGCAGCAAAAGCAAAGAACGUGGACAAACCCCACAAUCACAGAAUGCUACACCCAAUAAACAGAAAUCAGUAUUGGCUAUUUUUAAGCCGGGCAAACGUGGCAGUUCAGCCGGAGCCGAGGGCUCCAAAACCUCAAAAUCUUCAUCUCCCACAGAUGCCCAUGAAAUGCAACAGCUGCAGUCCAGAAGCAAAUCACAUACCCCCGUGGUUACGGCCACGGGCUCCAGACCAAAUAGUCGUCUUAAGUAUUAUGAAGAUCCGGUAGAGGGUUAUAUACACAUACCCCUGCAUACUCCGCCCGAGGAGAAAGAAACCCGCAAAUUAUUGCAAAGCAUACAACAGCUCAAUGCUGAACCAGUAAGACCUCAAGCUACCGCAAUAACCAUGAGCGAUUUAGAGUCAGCCGUAAAGAAACUGAAACCAGUGGCGGCACGCAAGAAUUCCGGUUCCGAAACGUCUUCAGUAGUAAUCACCCAAAAAGCUCAGCCGUUUCCCCUUAAACGCAUCGAAAACCUAGAUGCCAUACAUUCUCUGCCGCAAGAAGACACCAAAGAACGUACUUGGAGUUUGGAGGUAAAUAGGCACAGCUCACAAGAUUCCCAAGAGACGGUGGGUUCUGGGGAAAGUUAUGUCAGUGCCAUAAAAGUUUCCACACAACGAUCCCACUUGGCCGAGGUUAAAGAACAUGUGGUCAACGAAAAUGGCAUAGAAGCUGAAGCCGAAAUACAUCGUCUGCCUUCACAGGAGAGUACUACCAGUGCCGCUGAAGUGAGAGUAGUGGAAACCAAGGCUACCAUCAACAGCUCAGCUGUGGCAGAUGACACGGCCGCCAAGGAGAGAAGAAGAUUAAUGUUUGCCACUCGUGUGGGUUCUGGCAGUCAAGAGCAAAUAUUCGCCACGCAAUUUAGUAUAUCCAAAACCGAAAGUAUCUCUAGUCACAUGUCGGAACAAACUCAGGACACCUUGUCCGAGUCCACCACGGAAAAUUUACGCAGACAAAAUACUGUUAUUAAAAAGUCUCCCGAAGAUGUGGUAGAGCCAGCAGUCCUCGAAAGAAAGGAUUCUUUUAAAAAACAACCCCAAGCCAUAGCACAAAUUGAAGAGCAAAGGGAAAUCUUUCACAAAUCCGAAACGAAAGAGUCCUUGAGAAGAGAAGAAACCAUGGAAAGACAGAUUACUGUGCGCAAGAAGUCGGUGUCAACUUCGGAAGAUGAAAAGGUAAAACCCUUAGCAACCAGCCAGCCACCCGUGGUAAUGAGAAGAAAGCCUUCCGGGGGGACAGGAAUAGCAAUAGCAGCAGAAGAAAAACACAGAUACCAGUCAAGAUCUACAUCAGAAGAUGACAUUGAGGUGGCCACCGCCAAUCACAGACACUCUAGAUAUUUGGAAAAUUUUGAUGUGCGCAAGAAAUAUCAUGAAAAUAUUCCAGGAGUGGCACGUAAACCACGCAAACAGAGUGGUGCGGCUGAUGUAAACCCACCUGAAAGCAAAUUACAUGCACAAGAUCAAACAAACAAAGAGCAAUAUCAACGUAAAGGAAAACCACAGCUGCCUCAACCACCACCACCCUCCACGGAACCCUCUCCUCUGCACACCCCAUCUCCCUCGGUAGUAGAAGCUGCCUCCUCACCAACCUCUAGCCAGCACAGAAGUGAGCCACGCUCGCACUCACAAUCACCAGUAGAUAAAGCACGACAAACUCCCCCCAAGCCGCCUAGGACUUCCACACCCACAAGACGUUCUCAAACAGAAUCACCCACUAACAAACCAAACACCACGGUGACACAGCACACAACCAGGAAACAUCACACCCACAUAGACAGAUCAUCGGUAUUUUCCACCGACGAACCGGUGGAGUCAUCGGAAAGUGAACGCGAUUCCGAUAUGACGGCUCUGGAAUCAAAACGACGCCAUUUGGCCUUAAAUGUGGGCUGCAUAGAAGAUCAUGAGAGCACAGGCCUGGUAUCCCAAGAAUCCUUUGACGACGAGCUUCCCUAUAUACCUACCACUUUGCCUGAGGAAAAAGCCCAGGGUAUAGCAAUUAUACCCAUGAAGGAGAGAAUCAACAUGGAAGUCAAAACUUGCCCUUUAGAUAGACCACGCUCUACAACACCCCUUAAUCCCUCGCACUUGGAAGAAUACAUAGGCGGCGGCAUAGGUGUUAAUACACCAGACUCGCCGUUUGAAUUUGCCGGCUCGGUGCCUGUAAGAGGAGAGAAAUUGCGCAUAAGUCUGCCUAGGAAAGACUCCAAAAAGGAUGUGCAAAGUUCCAAGUCACCGCGGCGUGUUUCAAAUGCCAGUGGCAAGUCAUGGUUUGAGUUUGCCGAAGAGGGCCUUAGAGCCACCGCACAUUUAGAACGCAAAGACUCUAAUAAACAACUAAUGCAACAACAGAAGCCACCACCUCCUCCUCCACCCACACAAAUGGCCAAAAAACUACAUACAGACACAAUCGACACAAAAACCAAGACCACUUCAGCCAGUAAACCUCCGGUUACAACGCCCAAGGCUUCAACACAAAGAAAGUUAUCGGGCCAUUGGAUUGAUUUCGAAAAUAUACCCGAGAAAAGAAAACCUCCAAAGAAAAUAACCACCUUACCACGGGACAGCAUUAGCAGCUCCACCCAACAUGCCCAUGCACGUUCCUCCCAAGGCAAGACUUUGCCCACGGCCAACUGUACACGGUCACAUGGCGCCACAUUCACACAACACAAGCACUCACAUCAGCAACAGCCGGAUGUUACUGCUUCCACAAUGUCGUCAGCAGAUGGCUGUAUGCCACACUAUAACUAUGUGAAACCGGAAGACUGUCAGUGUGAGUGUCAUGAAUCCAAAACCAAAGAAGCUCAAUCAACAUCUACAACAGAAACCUCCACAACUACAACGGCGGCCAUAACACCAAACACAAUCAACAAUAAUAUUAAUAAUAAUAAAGCACAAGGUGUGGACCUGUUGCCCAAAGGCGAGGACAUGUUGCCGCUAUUAAGUCAAGAUUCUCAUGAGGGCAUAGAACCCAGUGAUUCUUCUCGGGAAUAUAGUUGUUAUACGGAUGAUGAACUGGAUUUGCCUACACGCAGCUCUAGUCGUUCCAAAAGUAGUUCUUCAAGACUGGAUGAGUUCCCGCGUCGUGAUGCUGCUCAUAGUCCACGUAAUAAGAAAUUUCCCGAUAAAUAGAAGUAAGUUUUUUUUUUAAAAAAAUAUGUUUUUAAAGCAAAUGUUCCCAAUUGUAAUGGUAUAGGAAUUUAAACUAAAUUGUUAGAUGUUUUCCAAAAUUAAAUUUAAAUUGUUAAGGGUUUUUUCCAAUCAAUAUUAGAUAAAUUGUUAGUUAAUUAUAAAUUAGUUGAAUUUAUUAAAAUGGGUUUCAAAA